UCUGCUGGGUCUCCUUGCUGCAACAUAGAACAAGGGAAUGACCUCUUGGAUUCAAACUGGACGUUAUCGACCAUUAACACACUUCCAAAAGUCACUCAAAAGUAUUCACAUACAGAUGAGCAAAUGGGGCAACAACAGGAAAGCUUGAAUAAUUCAUUGCAAAAUAAAAUGAAUACACUAAAACAAACUUUUAGAUUUAAGAAGUCAGCGGUAAAACAAGAGUUUAUAGGCGAGAAAAUAGGAUUACAACAAGGAUAUCCCCAGGCAUCCGAUGAAGAUGUGGAGAAUCUUCUAGAACCCUCUCGAUUGCAAUCAACUGUCACAGUGAAACACGAGAGACCAGAGUCGCAACGUGUGGCUCUUGAGGAGUUAGUGCAAGGUCUGGAAAAUGUUAUAGAGCCUUCAACUGUCACAUUUAGACAAGAACAACUCAAAACAGUGGAGGGACCAUGGACGCAAUGUGAAGCUCUGCAGACAUUAGACCGAGGUAUCGAGAAUAUUCUGGAGGCUUCUAGAUUGCCACCAACACUCACAGUUAAGCAAGAACAACUCGAAACAGAAGAGAGACCAGAGUUGCAACGUGAAUCAUUAGACCAAGGAGUGAGGAAUAUUCUAGAACAAUCCGAACCACUCCAAACAGGACAGGCUGGAGAGUCACGGAAAGAAAUCCUGCAGCCAUUAGACCAAGAUUUUGGGAAUGUUUUAGAACAUUCUAGAUGCCUGACUUGUGACAAAUCAUUUUCUUCAGCUUUUCACCUGGAGCUGCACAACCGUGUUCAUGUGGAGUAUCGACCUCACGCCUGUUGGAUGUGUCACAAGGCCUUCAAGCACAAAACAGCUCUGGUGCUACAUAAAAAGACGCACUUGGAGUAUCAAGAGUGGCGGGUAAGACUAAAAACGCUUCCACAUAAGUGUAGGGUUUGUUCUGCUGGAUUUCCAACACUGUGUAAACAAAGGCGCCAUGAGAGGAGCCAUCAAAAGAACCGUCAGUUUAAGUGUAAUAAGUGUAGCUGGGCUUUCCCAUGGAAAUGCGAGUUGGUUCGCCACCAAACACGUCACACUGAGAAAUAUGUCCAUAUCUGUUACGAUUGCGGCAGGGGCUUUUCCACCGCGAUUGUAAUGAAGCGGCACAAGUUUGGCAUGAAUCCCUUUAAGUGUGAGAUGUGUGAGCAAGAUUUUCCUGGACAAACAGAGUUAGCAGAGCACGUGCGAAAGCACGUUGGUGAAAAACCAUUUGAGUGUGAGACAUGCGGGAAACGCUUUUCUUCCCAAGGUUCCUUUAAAAUCCACUUAAACUCCCAUGGCAACGAGAAACCAUAUUCUUGUUAUGUUUGUGGGAAAGCAUUCCGCCUUAGAGGAAACAUGCUGCAGCAUCUGAGAAGCCACACCCUCGAGAAACCGUACAAAUGUGCUCUCUGCGAUAAAGCUUUCAGCCAUUCAAGUCAUUGCAAUCGUCAUAUGGAGACUGUGCACUCCACCACUCGGCCUUACGCGUGCGACAAAUGCCCUAGGACAUUCAAAUGCCGCAGUACUCGUAACACCCAUUUGAAGCUUCAUACUCAGGGCGUCGAUGAGAAAUCGUUUGUUUGUGAGAUCUGUGGUAAGGGCUUAAGAACUAAGAGUAGUCUUAGGGAUCAUAGAAAAACGCAUACGGAUAAUAAACCGUUUGUGUGCGAGGAAUGCGGCAAGACAUUCCGCGCGAAUCAUAACUUGGUUAAUCAUGUUUUAACUCACGCUGCGAGUAGGAUGUUCCAUUGUGUGAAUUGCGGAACUGGAUUUGGGCCUUCUGUCCGUGCUCUUAAGCGCAAACAAGGGAUGGAGAUUGAGAGAGAAGAGUACUGCAAUCUAUGUAAACCGAAGCACACCUCGCGUUUCCAAUGCGAAACAUGCGGCCGAGAGUUCUAUCGACGUUACGAGUUCAAGUUACACGUGGCUUCUCACAGUAAAACUCGCCCAUUUCAGUGUGAACUCUGCGAUGCUGGUUUCUUUAAAAUGAGAGAACUAAAAAAUCACAUGUUACUGCAUAAGAGCGACGACCUAGCCAAUAUGAAAUGAAAAGAGGUUUGGACCACAAUGCAGAGAUGCCUGAUAAUAUGGGUAUGUUUGCUAGGGGGACCUUAUUUAUUUCUGCCAGCAAGGCAUGAUGCAACUCUGGCAGUUGAAUGAAACUUUAUUGUGACAUUUUGGAUUUUUUGGGGGUGAAAGUAUAGUAUGAAAAUUGGAAAGAAAUAUUCUGUUAGCAAAUUUAAUCAAGUCACAAUGUUGUGGUAGAAUUAUAUAGUUAAUAGAAAAAGCUGGGAAAUAUUUCUUUAAACCCUAAUAAUGAGAAACGUAA